AUGCCUGAAAGAUUACUAUUCGAAGUGUUAGUACUUGAAUUAGAGCUUGUGCUAUUCAUUGGACUCGAAUUGUUAGUACUGUACUAUUAGUAUUAGUAUUAGUAUUAGAAGAAGUAUUUGCAUUUGAAGAGGAAUUUGUAGUCGUAGUAGGAUUUGAAGCCGUAGUUGUAUUUUGAACAUUCCAUGAGAAAUUGGAGGAAUUAGAUGAUGAAUUAGAUUAACUUCCAUUUGAAGUAGAUUGACUUGUUACCAGAACAGUACCAUUAGGAGAUAUUUAAAUGUUUGUUGAUACAACUGUUGAGGAAUUGGUAGAAGUUGAUGUUCCUAAUUGACUAAUUCCACUAUUUACAUCCCAGAAUUAAAGGAAAAAAAUUAAAAAUUUCAAUGGAUGAAAAGAUAAAAUUCAAAGUGUGCUUGAUUGGUGACGGUGGAGUUGGUAAAUCUUCUAUUGUACAGAGAUUAUUUAUGGGCUAAACUUAUAAUCCCUCUAAUAAUGAAAGUAUAUAUAACCCAACUGUUGGAUCUGAUUUCUUCACUAAAUCUUAUCAAAUUGGAGAGGAUAGAUAUAUACAGUUGAAUAUAUGGGAUUUGAGCGGCCAUCCAGAGUUCUAUAAAAGUAGAUAAGAAUUUUACAAAGAUACUUAGGUGUUAAUUUAUGUCUUUGAUCACUCAUUUAAGGAAAGUUUUGACAACUUAAAUGAAUGGUAUAGAGAAUUUUAGAAUAGCUAGGCUGAAACUCCAAUUCUCACUUAUCUAGUUGUUAAUAAAGUAAAAUCUCAUAAUCUAAAAUUUAAUUAGAUUGACAAGCCAAGAGAUAAGUAUUUGGAGUAAUAUGAAGUAGAUGAUUAUGCUGAACUUAGGAGGUUUAAUAAAGUUUUUUAGACAAGCGUAUAUCAAAGUAACAUUAAAAUUUAAAACUAAUUUCUCAAACAGAUUAAGGACUUGGUGAUAUUUUGA